CAACUUCCGGUUUCUGGCAGGACGUGUUUCAUUGUAUCAUGUACAUUUGUUGAAAUGGGCUCGACUGUUGCUCGGUAGUUUAGAGUUUCCCCGGUUCUCGGCGGAGUCGCGGGAUCUUUAGCGAGGCGUUGCGGCGAUUCUCGUGUGGGACGCGUCGCUCGUUCGUCUCGAGCUGCUCGUCAUGAACGGGUUCAGCACGGAGGAGGACAGCCACGACGCGCCGCCCGCGCCGCCCUUCUUCGGCCAGAGCUGCUGUCUGAUCGAGGACGGAGAGCGUUGCGGGCGCGCGGCGGGGAACGCGUCCUUCAGCAAGCGCAUCCAGAAGAGCAUCAGCCAGAGGAAGCUCAAGCUGGACAUCGACAAGAGCGUUCGUCAUUUGUACAUCUGUGAUUUCCACAAGAACUUCAUCCAGAGCGUUCGUAACAAACGCAAGAGGAAGACGAGUGAUGACGGAGGAGAGUCUCCGGAUCAUGACGUGGAGGUGCCCGAGGUGGAUCUGUUCCAGCUCCAGGUCAACACACUGAGACGCUACAAGAGGCACUACAAGAUCCAGACCAGACCCGGCCUCAACAAAGCCCAGCUCGCUGAGACCGUGAGCCGUCACUUCCGCAAUAUUCCAGUCAACGAGAAGGAGACGCUCACGUACUUUAUUUAUAUGGUGAAGAGCAGUAAAAGCCGUCUGGACCAGAAACCAGACGCGAGCAAACAAGUGGAGUGAGGUUCCCUCGCUGCUUCACUUCCUGUGUUUGUGUCCACACGGGACGCCCUGCAGUGAUGAUGAAGAUGAAGAUGUGCCAAACCCACGGGGACAUCAGUAGCCCCGGCGUCUCUGAUGCUCACACUUCACCGUGUGUCCAGAGAGGACCUGAUUGAAAGCAUGAGAGACUGAGUGACUGCUCUCUGAUGCAUUGUGACACAAACACGGCUCUGCUUUUAUAUGACUGCUGCAUAUCUAUAUAGCUGUUUUUGUAGAUUGUAAUGUUAGUAUCCUGUCUUUCUUUGUUUCUAAAUAGAGUUCUUGUGGCACUACUAA